GAGAAGUGCAGCGAAAUAAAAAAAUCUCUACGACUCCACAAAACCCAUUUCAAUCUUCUGCAUACCUCACUAAACCUUAUAGGCUUAUAUAUAUGAACCAAUUUUUUUUCAUCUUCUGAACCAACACAUCUCUCUCUGGGUGUCAAAAAAGGGGUUUCAAGAAACAAUUCUUCGUACUCUGUUUCUCUCUCUGAGCGUUAAAGCACGAUUCUUGAUUUAUCUUCAUGGAUAAAUACAUAGAUUCGAAUAUGGUGUAUGGAGGAAAUGGGUCUUCUGAUGAGAAAGAAAGCUCUGAUUCAAGGAAGCGCAAGAAGCCAUGCCAUCAUAUAGAUUUGAAUUUGGUGUGUGGAGGAAAUGGAUCUUCUGAUGACGAAGGCGGCUUAUAUUCAAGGAAGCGCAAGAAGCCAUGCCAUCACUAUAGUGCUCAAGAGAUUCAGAAGCUUAUAGAACUAGAGCAAAUAAAGAUGCAAAAUGAGCAACUGAAACUAGAGCGUGAAAGAUUGUCCUCAGAACUGGGAGUGAAAGGCCUUUCCCAUGCGUUGGGCAAUCCUAUGCUGCCAUACAUCGAAAAGUCACUUAUAAUUGAGACUGCUGGCAGAGCCAGGGAUGAAUUGAAAUGGCUUUUGCAUGUCAAUGAGCCCAUGUGGAUCAAGUCUCCGAUAGCUGGGGUGGUAUAUGUUCUUAACUGUGAGGUCCAUGACAAGCUUUUCCCCAGAGUUAGUCACUUGAAAAGUUCCAGUGCUCUGAUCGAGUCAUCAAAGUGUUCGUGUGAAUUGAAGAUGGCUGGAAGCCAGUUGGUCAACAUGUUACUUCAUUCAGAGAAAUGGAUGAAUUUUUUCCCCACAAUUGUUAGAACAGCAAGGACAAUUGAAGUAAUUGAUACUGGAAUGUUAGGAAACCAGGGUGAUUUCCUUAAAUUGCAGCUGAUGUAUGGCCAAAUGCAUAUUUUAUCACCUCUUGUGGCACCUCGAGAAUUCUUAUUCCUCCGAUUUUGUCAACAACUAGAGCCAGGUUCGUGGGUUGUGGGGGACGUGUCCUACGAUUGCUCCAGACAUAAAAUUCAAGCCUCCCCGUUUCGCUCUUGGAGGCUUCCAUCUGGUUGCAUGAUUCGAAAUAUGCCCAAUGGAUACUCAAAAGUUACUUGGGUAGAACGUGUGGAAGUGGACGAUAAGUCCCAAACUCAUCAUCUAUUUAGAGAUUUAGUAUGUAAUUCUUUAGCAUACGGAGCACAGCGAUGGGUUAUAACUCUUCAGAGGAGCCUUGAGAAAUACACAUACUUGCUGAGGGAAAGAGCACUUACUCAACAAGUUAGAAAAGCGGCGAUGAUUCUUUCCCACAGAAUGGUUUAGUUUUUCUGCGCAAGCUUGUUCAUUCCAAGAACAAGGGAUAUCCCUCCAUUAUCAGAAAUGAACAAUAAUUUUCGACUCUGCAUUCGUAGUGGCAUGGUUAUCAGUGCUGCUGCAUCUCUGUGGCUUCCUAUCUCUUGUGACACUCUCUUUAACUUCUUUAGAGAAGUGAAAACCCGAAAUCAGGUUCCUUAACCAAAUUUUUUUUUUUUUUUUAAAAUGUGAUUAUUAUAUUGAGACCAUUAGGGAAUUAGUCUUGAUAACAGGCAUUAACAAUUACGAUUUAUUUCCAUUUGUUUUACUGUGGGAUGUGCACUGCAAUGGAAAUCCAGUGCAUCGGAUUGCAAACAUGUCAACCGGAGCUCAUCCUGGGAAUAAUGUAUCCAUUAUUGAGGUCAUUUCUUUCAAGCUUUAUUACUGUAUGGAGCAUGUAAAAUCACAUAUUAAUGAAAUGUCCAUCUAAUUUUUGUUAAUAGGACUUAGUCGAAGAGGUCAUUUAUGAAAUUCCAAGAGCAAUCUCCUAAUAAUAAUUAGUGAAAAUGAAUGCUUAUUUAUGCUACCAAAAAGACCAGACAAUGUCAUUUCCAGAGUGGGUUGGUUGCUUACAUGUAAAAUUUAAGCCAGCUUGUUGAACACUCUUUGAGGUAGCCACAAAAGAAAAAUAGCUUGCUCUGGCGAUAAUGCUUGACAGAGAGUCUCUUAUUCAUAUUAGUAACUACACUCGGAGUAAUUUUUUUAUGCAGCACUAACGAUUUAGUGAUCAUCUUUUUGUAAUUCCAGAAUGUUUCAGUUUAUGCUCCUACCUAUUUAACCCCAGAAUGAAAAAAUUUCAUUUGAAGCUCUUGGGAGCAAGAAAUUUAUAAUUCAGUGGUUGAUUUGUAGCAGACUUUUUUCUCCGGAGAGAAGAAGACGACGUUGAUGCUUUAAGAGAGCUGGGUUGACCCUUUGGGAUCACUAAUACCAUAUGCCCCCAUAGAUUCUGAAACCAUCAAGGCAGCUAUAAGAGGUGUGAGGACGCCCAUAUUUCCAUCAGGGUUCGUCAGAUCUGGUGAUGGCGGUUCUGACAAAGGAACCGGAGCUUCAACCAGUACAAGUAGCAGCAAAUCUGGUGGUUCACUUCUCACAAUGGCUUUCCAUAUACAGGUCGACGGGGGCAGUUCCAUUGCCGAUGUCAAAGCUCUCGUCUGCUCCCACAUUCAGAAAAUCAAGGCCGCUUUGACUUGCUCUAAAUAUGCUUGACCUGGGAUGUGUUCACUGUCUGUGGUACUGCUGUGUCUUCUAAUUAUAGGGAUUUUGAUUGAUAAGAAAGUUACAUGGAAUGGUUUAAAACAGCAUUGACUUUUAAUUCAUUGUAUAUGAAUAUAUAAGAAAGUUACAUGGAAUGGUGAUAAAGAAGAUUGCAGCAUGUUUUUCUC